CCAACUUGCGCAACAAUACAUUAUGUCCUCUGUCUUGUUGCAUCAGCAAAGAUAAAAUUUGCCUUUGUGAAAACACUUUUCUGCAUGAUUAAAAUUGUGUCCGUGAGAUAAAUGAUGGUUGUCACCACACGGAAGAUCGAACAACAGUGAUUAUUCAGGGUAAUACUUCACGGUAAAAGCAAUAGAUGGAAAACUUGCUAAACUAGCUAGCUAGCUAACGUUAGCUGGUUCAUUUGCUAGCUAACUAGAUAAGGGGCCUUGUGGCUCUGCGACUGGAACUCAUCAUCAUCAUCAUCUAAAUCAAACGGUAUCACCCGCACGCUCACCUUUUAAUGUUAUCAGCAAGAUGAGGAUGUUUUCAGUCUCUCACAAGACAGUGUUUGUGGUUGAUCACUGUCCAUACAUGACUGAAUCGAGCAGGCAGCAAAUUGAGUGCGACAUGCUCACCAAGAGCCGAGCUCAGGGUGUGAUCCCUCUAGCUCCUGUGUCUAAAUCUCUCUGGACCUGUGCUGUGGAGUGCUCAAUGGAGUAUUGCCGCAUUCUCUAUGACAUCUACCCGACUAGGAAACUCGUUAACUACAUUGUUAGUGAUUCAGAAUUCCACAUAUUGAAUAGUUGGAGACAGGAGGACCAGAGUGUUCAAGAGCUGAUGACAGCCCUGGCAGCUGUCGGACCUCCCAACCCACGGGAAGAUCCAGAAUGUUGUAGCAUCUUGCAUGGACUGGUGGCAGCGGUGGAGUCACUUUGUAAGAUUACAGAGUACCAGCACGAGGCACGGACUGCGCUUGUGGACUUGGCCGACAGAGUGGCCAAUCGGGGCCGCAUCAUCUGCCUCACUAAUGCAAAAAGUGACACACACGUGCGGAUGCUGGAGGACUGUGUGCUUGAAACUAUUCAGGAACAAAACAAGCUGGCUGCUGGAUCUGACAGACUUAUGCCCAUACAGCAGUGUGAGUUGGUACUGGUCCAUAUAUAUCCACAAGGCGAUGAUACCCUAGUAUCAGACAGGCCAAAGAAAGAGAUCUCAUCCGUGCUGAGCAGUGAGGUACACAGUGUGCGUGCUGGGAGGCACCUCGCCUCCAAACUGAAUGUGUUGGUGCAGCAGCACUUUGACCUGGCCUCCACCACCAUCACCAACAUCCCCAUGAAGGAGGAGCAGCAUGCCAACACCUCUGCUAACUAUGACGUUGAGCUUCUGCACCAUCGAGAUGCUCAUAUGGAGUUCAUCAAGAGUGGUGAUCUACACAUGGCAGGGAGCACCAGCAGGGACAGUGGACUAAAAGAGACUGUUACUCUGAAAUGGUGCACACCUCGCACCAACAGUGUAGAGUUGCAUUACUGCACAGGAGCAUAUCGGAUCUCUCCUGUGGAGGUCAACAGCAGACCCUCUUCAUGUCUCACUAACUUUCUGCUGAAUGGUCGCUCGGUGCUCCUAGAGCAGCCCCGCAAGUCUGGGUCAAAGGUAAUCAGUCACAUGCUGAGUUGCCAUGGUGGGGAAAUUUUUCUGCACAUGCUCAAUAGCACCCGCUCCACACUGGAGGAUCCACCGUCUAUCAGUGAGGGCUGUGGAGGUCGUGUAACUGACUACCGCAUCACAGACUUUGGGGAGUUCAUGAGGGAGAAUCGACUCACUCCGUUCGCAGACAUGUCAUUGGACGCUGCUGGGAGACCCCCAAUUGAACGAGCCAAAGCACAGCUGGAGCGCCACACCCGUUACUGGCCAAUGAUAAUUUCCCAAACCACCAUUUUCAACAUGCAGGCUGUGGUGCCAUUAGCAAACCUGAUAGUGAAGGAUACUAUGACAGAGGAUGAUGUUUUGACAUGCCAGAAGACAGUAUACAACCUAGUGGAUAUGGAAAGGAAGAAUGAUCCUUUACCAAUCUCUACUGUUGGCUCCCGGGGGAAAGGGCCCAAACGAGAUGAGCAGUACCGGAUUAUGUGGAAUGAGUUAGAGACACUCGUAAAAACUCAUGUUGGAACCAGUGAGAGACACCAGCAAGUUCUGGAGUGCAUCAUUGCCUGCCGCAGCAAACCCCCUGAAGAAGAAGAGAGGAAAAAACGAGGAAGAAAAAGGGAGGAUAAAGAGGAUAAAACAGAGAAGAAUGGUAAAGAGUUGGAGGAGAAAAUGUGGACUCAAGACUCAGACAGACUGAAGGGAGCAAUGGAGCGAGAGAAAGAGGAUCAGAGUGAGUCUGAGGUUAUCAAGGAUUCUCCUGACUCUCCAGAGCCAUUUAAUAAGAAACCCCGGCUUGCCACAGAAGAAAUACAGCCUCUGGAAAAAUCAAAAGGUCCUGUCUCUUUAUUUAGUCUUUGGACCAAUAGAAUCACCCAAGCCAAUUCCAGAAAGCACCAGGAGUUUGCUGGAAGGAUUAACUCUGUCAACAACAAGGCAGAACUGUACCAGCACCUGAAAGAUGAGAAUGGACUGGACGUACAUGAGAAUGGGAAAGCUACCAGAUGAUGCCAUGUACAGAUCAUGCCCCAAGCUUUUCUGGGAUCAUUAGCUUGCUUAAGAAGAUAUACUGUCACAUUUCAGUGAAUUUUGCCAAGACAGUGUUUUUGUGGCAGAUGAACUCACUGUGGAUGAGAUGUUUUUUACUCAUUAGUUUGUAUAAAGAAGCUAAAAAACAAUAAAGGCCAACAGAGUUGA